GAUAUUCUUCCCGGUUCUUACAGCUGGCUAUGGAGGCGCCCCUGUGCCGUGUGUGCCUGGAGCACGGCGAAAUCAUGGUGAAUGUCUUCGAUCGGACGCAGGACUCUGGGACUUGCAUUGCCAACAUACUUUCCCAGUGGUGUGGGUAUCCUGUUAAGAGGAACGACCCCUUCCCCAAAACCAUUUGCAUGUCCUGUCUGCAGGAUGCCGAAAAGGCGUACGAGACAUACGAUCAGAUACGAGAGAAUUCACUGGAGGAUCAAGGCAUCGCAUACAGCGGUAAUAUCAUCCAGGUUAAGGAAGAACUAGUCCCAGAUAUUUGGAGCUACGAAGAAGCCCAGGAAAAUCAGUUGCCAUGUCGCGUGAUAAACGAGCCCCUGGAGGAGGACGUUUUCGAGGAGGAAUACUUUCAGAUCUCGGACUCGGACUUCGAUGGCCCAGUAAUUGAGGGAGAAUAUUAUGAAGACCUUGCGGAAUCGACGAUCAAAACGAAAGAUUUCGAGUGUCCGCAAUGUCCAAAGACCUUUCCAAUGGAGUGCAGUCUCAUCAAGCACUUGUUGACCCACGGGAAUCGACCGGUGAAGUUCGAGUGUCCCCACUGUCCCAGGUACUUUCCACUGGAGUGGAGUCUCACCAAGCACUUGGCGACCCACGGGGAACGGGUGUUUAAGUGUUCUCUCUGUUCGGCCGCCUUCAAGAACAAGGAGACUCUCAAGGUGCACAUGCGCAUUCACACCGGAGAACGGCCCUACAAGUGUUCCCACUGCGAAAUGUCCUUCACAACCAGUUCGAACCUCAAGCGACACCUGCGAACGGUGCAUUCUUCCGCCAAGCAACGUUAGCUUGACCACACUGGAAUGCA